CAUCAGGCAGCUCCGAAAAUUAAAAAAAAAAAGACUUAAAGUCUGUUUUCACAAAGCGGCUGAGUCCAAGGCACUUUCCUGUUGAUUAGAAUAUCUUGAACACAAAUAAGAUAUGCAAAUAAGACAAGAAGGACACAGCAAGAGAUUAUUGGUCACGUUUGGAGAUAUAAGUGCUAUGUUAGGAAUAAAAAAAACCUUUCAAAUGCAAAAUCUAACAACAGAAAAUCGUAAUGGAACGCAUCGUAACGGAGAAAACAAAGGUUAACAAGAAAAACAACUUUACAAGCUUAAGGCGUCGCUGUGAAAAAGCCACAAUACCUUUCAUUCAGUCGAUGACAAAUUAGCGGAUUUGUUCAGUAAGUAAAACAAAAGUGUAUUCAAUCAGCCAGAGGUAUCUCUGUAUCACGUCAUAAAGCCAAUGAAAUGCGCGGUUGAAACAAGGGUGCACCUGCUCCACAAGGCGGGAAAUUCUACACAAAACCAAACUCAAACGCAGUGGGUAGAAGCUUUGAUAACAAAACCCCAAAAUCCAAAAUAUCACUCGCGUCGAACAUCGGAAAAGCCUCCAGUUUCGCUCAGUGAGAAGGGCCAAUAUCAAGUGUAGUAUCUAUCAACAAAUCGGAUGGCUGGUUUCAAGGUGAACGGAGCCCGGAUCAUACAGCUGUUGUAGCCCAAAGGGCAGACUAAGACGACUACAAUGGACGCAGUUCAAGCCACCAUUGGUCUGCUGCUUGUUUUGAGCGGAGUGGUUCAAUCAAAUGACAAAGUAGCAGAUACACACCCAACAAAAUCAAACAGAAAGAUACCUGAAGGUUUCUACCUUUCUUCAAAUGCCAUUUACGCAAAGAAUGGCACUGAAGUUAUUGAACUCGACAACGUUACAUUUACUGGAAACGCGUUGACGGAGGCUGAACUUUCCCGCUUCAGUUUCGACGAGAAAUGUUCCCGCGGUCUUCCAUUGUCUGCAUCGUGGCAGUAUUACGGACCGUACGCAAAGCCCUCUAAACGUGGCAGCCAAAUAGCCGUUGAGGGCAUCUUUCCCCAUAUGAUCAACAAGAUGCUCCACGUUUGUUGCAACAGCUCCGCGACUGUGAAGUUUGGAAAGAUUUUAGAUUCCAUUCGUGGCCUGGAAGAACAGCUGGACCAACCGGACAAAGCGUAUGAUUUUAGUUUUCCCGUCACGGGGAUGAGUCUAGAUGAUGUCGCGUUCAAAGACAUGCCAUACAUACCCUUUGUUCAGGCGCCCAGAGUGGCGCUACUUGUUCAUGAAACAGCAGAAGACAACAAAACCACCCAGUUAAUGAACACGGUGUUCAAAGCCUGGCCCAUCCUGAUUUUCAUACUCGUCGCUGCUACGCUGUCGGGUAUCAUCAUUUGGCUUUUGGACCGUCUCAAAAACCCAGAUGAAUUUCCGCGUCCGUUUAUCAAUGGCACCUGGGAAGGCUUUUGGUGGGCGUUCGUCACCAUGACCACGGUUGGAUAUGGCGACCGUGCACCCAAGUCGUUUUUAGCACGAAUCUUUUGCAUCGUCUGGAUUCUGGUUGGAAUAAUCAUCAUUGCCAUUUUCACCGCCAUUGUAACAGCCUCGUUAUCAGCCAGUAUACAGCAUCAUUUCAUUGUUAACGGCUCAGUGAUCGGGGCAGUAAAUGGUAGUGAGGAGUAUCGCCUUGGAGUAAGCUUAAAUGCUGACAUGAAACCUUAUCACGCCAUACCAAAGAUGAAUUCUGACCUGUUGAAAGAGAGAUUAAAGGGUUCUCUGAUAGACAACUACGUACUUACUUACUACAGUAAUUUUGUGAAGGAUAACGACGAGGUUCGGAUAGAGACUGCCUUUGAACACGCAAUCACUUAUGGUCUGGUGAUUCGAUCAAACGCAUCAUCACCUUGGCUGGAAUGUUUUCGGCGCUAUCUGCGUAAUCACCCCCAAGAGGCGUUUGAAAUCAUCGCUAAGAACCUCGAGCCACUUAAGAAUCCCACUGAUGAAGUAAGCCAAGAGGUAAAAGCAUCCGAAGGACUUUUCUUUUUUAAAGAAAAAGCCUUUCAAAACGUGCUGUUCAUUCUGAUAGGGGUGCUGGGAUUUCUUCUGCUCGUUGGCAUAGCCUGGGAACUACUUUAUCAUCGACCAAAACGACGUCAAAAGAGUAAGGCUACAGAGGACGAAAGUGCAUUUACCUCAUUGACUCCGGCACCAGACAGCUGUGACUGCCACGAAAUGUUCCUCAGUCAUCAAACAGUACAAACCAUCAAAUACAAAUCUGCAAAGAUCAAAGAACUUAUCCGAGAAUAUGAGGAGUAUUACGACGCCUGGUUACAAAGGGUGCGAUCUGUAGAGGAUGAAGGAAAUGGCGUCACGCCACAAAUGGUGUGACUGACUUUGUGUGACAGACCUUGCGUGAUCGCUUUACUUUAUUAAUUUCACAUCGGAAACACGAGAUCUUGAGUAAAAUCCCCCAUUUGGAUUUAAAUAAAUUUUUCUCAAGCUCUCCCUUUUUGUGCCAUGUGAGAGGAUUUUCACCUCUGGGGCUAAUGAAGGCCAGAUAAGGGAGGGGUCCCCCUGUGACAGUACACUUUCGAUUUCCCUUUUUUAUGCUGUUAAAAGACCAAGAACCAUAAACAUGGUUAAAUGACAUUGCAUUGACUUGCUAUAUUCUAUAUGUUAUGAAUCUUUGAUAAUUUGAUGUAUCAUGGACUAAAACCAAGCUAUAUAAGCUUGGAAAUUAACUAAAAUACUCUUACCAAUUAGAUUGUGUCUUACUGAAUCAUUUCCAGAAGCAUUGGAAGAUCAAAAGGUUACUAAUUUUCUCACUUAAAGUAAGAAACAAUGGGCAAAAUAGAAAGUUUUGGAGGCACUUAUAAAA